GCCGCGCCGCUCACGCCCAGCCCCUCGGCCGCGCCGCGCCUCGCCGGACAGGUUGGGCCGGCGGGGCGGCGCCCGGCUCGGGGGAAUAAUGAGUGUCUGUCAGGCCGUCCCCGGGUGACUGGGCGGGGCGGGGCGGAGGCGGCGCGGGAGGCGGGGGUGGCGGGGGAAGGGCGCAGGGCGGGGUGCGUGUUUGCGCGAGUGACUCGGCCGACCCCUCCGGCGGCUGCCUCCACCCAAGUGGGUGGGGACCCGCCCAGCCCGGGCGGCCGCGGCGGCUCCCUCUCCCCUCCCUGACCCUCCCACCCCGGGUCCCAGCCUCUACUUACCCCGCCAGCCCCGGGAGGCUCGCAGAGCGAGCGGCGCCGGCGUCAUGUGACUGCCCGGAGUUGGUGCCAGGAGCCAGAGGGGAGCCAGGAGCGGAGCCGCGCGGAGCCGGGGCCCGAGCCGGAGCGCAGCGCGAGCGCCUGCCGCACGCGCGCCCGUCCCCGUCCCCGUCCCUGUACCCUGCGGCCGCCACCGCCACAGCCGCCCGGGCUGGCGCGCUGACAUUACUGCAUUCGCGGGGCUCAAGGCAGAUCGGAUUCGGGCCUUUAUUUCUCGUCUGCAGCGCUCAGCACCGCGCCUCGAAAAGCCAAACACCAGAACACCCUAGAAAGCUUAACUAAAAGAAUGCUCAUGUUUGACCCAGUCCCUGUCAAGCAAGAGGCCAUGGACCCUGUCUCCGUGUCAUACCCAUCUAAUUACAUGGAGUCAAUGAAGCCCAACAAGUACGGAGUCAUCUACUCCACGCCGUUACCUGAUAAGUUCUUCCAGACCCCGGAGGCCCUGUCUCACGGGAUGCAGAUGGAGCCAGUGGACCUGACCGUGAACAAGCGGAGUUCGCCGCCCUCUGCGGGGAAUUCUCCUUCCUCACUGAAGUUCCAGCCCUCGCACCGGAGAGCCUCGCCUGGCCUGAGCAUGCCUUCUUCCAGCCCACCGAUGAAGAAGUACUCACCGCCUCCCCCAGGCGUGCAGCCCUUCGGCGUGCCGCUGUCCAUGCCCCCGGUGAUGGCCGCCGCCCUGUCCCGGCACGGCAUCCGCAGCCCCGGGAUCCUGCCCGUCAUCCAGCCCGUCGUGGUGCAGCCGGUCCCCUUCAUGUACACCAGCCACCUCCAGCAGCCGCUCAUGGUCUCCUUGUCGGAGGAGAUGGAAAACUCAAAUAGCAGCAUGCAAGUACCUGUAAUUGAAUCCUAUGAGAAGCCUAUAUUACAGAAAAAAAUUAAAAUAGAACCUGGGAUUGAACCACAGAGGACAGAUUAUUAUCCUGAAGAAAUGUCACCCCCUUUAAUGAACUCAGUGUCCCCCCCGCAAGCACUGUUGCAAGAGAAUCACCCUUCAGUCAUAGUGCAACCGGGGAAGAGACCUUUACCUGUGGAAUCUCCGGACACCCAGAGGAAGCGGAGGAUACACAGGUGUGACUAUGACGGAUGCAACAAGGUGUAUACUAAAAGCUCCCACUUGAAAGCGCACAGAAGAACACACACAGGAGAAAAGCCCUACAAAUGUACUUGGGAAGGAUGCACAUGGAAGUUUGCUCGGUCUGAUGAACUAACAAGACAUUUCCGAAAACACACUGGAAUCAAACCUUUCCAGUGCCCAGACUGUGACCGAAGCUUCUCCCGUUCUGACCACCUUGCCCUACAUAGGAAACGCCACAUGCUAGUUUGAAUGCCUCCGUCCCCUGCCUCACCGUGGCUCCCCGUUCUCCCGGCUCUCUCUCUCUGUCCUCCUUCCCAUUAUCUAACUCAUUUUUUACAUGUACGUUUUAAUUUUGAUUCAGCUGGCCUGAAUCUCUGAAUUUAUAUCAUUCAAGCUUCCAUAUGGUCAGUAGUAGAUAUUCUCUAAUCCUCCUCUCCUUACCACGGGUCAGACCUAAAGAAUGUGAACACUUUUUUUUUUUUUUUUUUUUUUUUUUUCCGGGGAUGCUAAGCAAACCCUUCUUACAGAUACGUUUAAUGUAAUGAGAACAAGGGAACAUGUAAACUUAAAAUAACCAAUUGUCGGUUCCUCCGUGUAUUUCUCAAAAGAAUGUCAAAGUAAAUGUAUUAGAAAUACAGUAUCCAGCCUGCUAGUCCUUGCCAGGGACGUUCAUACCUCUGUGCCCUGUGAUCGUAUUUUGUGCUCGCCAGCAAGAAGGGUGGACCCUUUCCUCAGAUUAACUAGAAGCGCAGCAAGAUUUCAGGUAGGACACUCAACUCGUCCAUUGUCCUUCACAAAUCCUGCUUGUCAACUUGGAUUUAUCACUUCAUCUAAAUUAAGUCCCUUAUACUCCUUUGUGCCUGCAGCUAGUAAGGAGGCCUCUCCACCCCUGGAGGUGAGCCAGAGUUGCUGAUUUAGGUCGGUGAUGUCUGCCAGUUAAAGGCUGGAUGCUAUACUUGGAUGGCCCAGAGCCUGAACGAAGGGGCGUUCAUCAGGGGAGAAGCAGCGGGGGCAAAGGAGGAAGCCGGCCAUUCCUCCUGGGCUGGGGCUUUUCGUUCAGUGAGGUUUCAUCAUGUGGUUAGCUGUGCAGUGCUCUCCCAGAGCGGCCGUCUCUGUGUUUGGCUGUGCAGAAGCAGAGCCAGAUGCUGAUGGGGUUGUCCGUGCACCUGUCUCCAUUCCUCUGAUGUCCUUAAUGUGGAUCAUCAAGCAUUUGAUAGUAGGGACACAAAAAUAUUUGCCCAGUAAUGGUAAGAAAAAUCUUUCAGAUAAGAGUAUGGAUGAUGGCCUUUCUUUUACCCAACCUACUCACAGGGUAUUUUGCAAACAGGGAAAACAUUGAGCAGUAACUGUAUUCCCAUAUCAAAUGAAUCAUACAGCUUUUAUACAGAAGCUCUUCUGUGUGAACUGUAAGGUGCCAAGGUGGCCGUCAUUUGUGUUUGUGAUACAUAUCAUAAAUAAGGAUCUGCUAACGCUGUAGUAGAUUCAUUCAAUUUAAGACCCGAGUGACACUAUUUGUAAAUAUAGCUAGUUGUGAAGCACACAUACCUUCAUUCGGGGGACAGAUUUCUGAAAAAUAAAGAAAACCACAGUUCAGGGAUUCACAUAUUAAUAGCUCAAAAAUUCCCAAGCAUUUACUGUUAAGGAGCUGGAAAUCAAUCAUUGUCAAGUAUCCCGUCAGAAGAAGCUGAAAAUGACUCGUGUUUAUGUUAAAGAUAAAUAGCGCCAUUAUUUGGGGGAAGUUUUUUGUUUUUGUUUUUGUUUUCAAAAGCUGGCUUUUGAGCACCAUAGUCUAAAUGCCAAUAAAAAUAAUUCAUGCAUAGAAAUGUCAUUGGUCCUCAAUUUGAAGAAAGUGGGCGACGGUGGUCAAAUGUGGGUGCAUACAACGAAAUGCGCCUUCACCCCUCGAUAAAGGAUGGAAGAGAAGAGAGAAUGGAAUCCUGAAGAUUCAGCCCAGGCGCGACUCAGGAUCCAACACAACCUUAACUGGGAGGAAUACAUUGUUCAACUGUUUUUAAAACAUCAGUGAAUGAGUGAUUCUGGAGGCCUGCAAAUCACGUGGGGAGCUUACUUUGACGGCGCUAUGUUAAUAAAAGUUAGUUGUAGGGACUGUGCACCUAAGAGAUCCCACUCAUCAGCCCUCUGAACCAGCUGAAAGGAAAUGUGGAGAGACACAAAGUAAUUUGUUACCUUCUUGGCACUUGGUUGUGAUUCUCUCUCUCUCUCUUUUUUUUUUUUUUUUUUUUUUUGUAAGCACUGCAGAAUUUGUUUAGAAUAUUAAAACAUCCUAAUUGGGCUUUUUUUUUGUUUGUUUGUGUUGUUGCAACUAUGACAUGAAUUGAAAGAUAAAAAUGGCUCUUGGGAAAGUAGGUAUUGUCUGUACUGUAAAUGCUUUGUCACAUUCAUGCCAAAGUGUUUGUUUCUAGAAGUGAUUCUUGUACAACACACUGAAGAAUCAAGUUGGAAUGCAAGGAACUUUUUUGUUUAAUGGAGAUAACCAGAUUAUGUGUUCCAACCCAUAUAGAAGGUAGGGGGAAAAAAGGCAAGAAAGGGUAGAGUCGAUCAUCUUUGAAUAAUUAGCUUUGAGUGUGAGAGUCCAGUUAAUAGAAAGCUUCGUAGGUUCUCAUGAAAUCUGAUGUGUUUGUUAUGGCAUAUUUAAAUUUUCUUCAAAAGAGCGAGCAAGACCCUGCAAAGACUAUUACAUGACUAUUCAGCUUGCUUAGAUUGUGGUAACAGUUCAUUAACAGAUCCAUUUUAACUCUGAAAGAAAAGGCAACCCAGAGAAGCCAUUCUCUGUUCCCAUGCUGGUCUGCAUACUUUAGUUACCAAUUGGCUCUUAACCAAAUUCUUCUUUUUUUAUAUAUAUAUUUGUAUUUACUAUGAUAGUUGAGAAAUUUAGUCUCUUAGACAUUUUUAGCUGUUAUUGUGGAAGACCUCAAAUACAGGAUAAGAUGCCCUCCAACAUGUGGUUUUAAUGAUGUGCCACGUUACUAUCAAAGGUGGUUUUAAUUGCAAUAUUUUAAAUUGAUGCGAAUGAUCUGUAAACAUGAGGUUAGUGUUGUAUAAAUUCUGUUAGAGUUUCUUUUGAUUAUUGUCCAAGUGUCGUCUUGGGGAAGUCAGAAAGUUUAAGGCUGAAUCCAUCAUAUUUUAGAGUUCUAAAAUGUGAAUCUACACCAUAAAUGGGCAUUAACAUUCUAAAUCACCUGGUAUGGAGAAUGUGUUAGCAUAGCUGUGUUCAACUAAGGAAAUGCUAAAUACGUGGAAGUUUCAAGAGCCUUGGAACAGAUUUAUAGGGAACUGUAGAUGUAAAUGUAUAUUUUAUUAAACACCCAUCUGCACUAUCAGUGUUGCACUAAUGUGGAAUUUGAAAGACUUUAUUGCUGAUACUGUAUAUCUGCACGUCAUUCCUGAUUAGAUUGUUUUAAAGACAAUCUCAAAGAUCUAAGAUUUUAAAAUAAUUCGGUUUGAAAAUAUACAGUCAUCUUGAAGGAAUUGCUGUUAUACAUGAAGUUGCUCAGAGUUGUCUUUAUUCUCUUCUUGGUCAAGGUUAACAGUUUCUAAAUGAUCGCAAAUUCACUUAAAUAAUACAUUUACAAAGCCAUUUUACAUGCAUUAAACGAGGGCUACAAUAAUAUUACGUUUUACAAAUACUAGCACUUUUUUUUUUUUUUUGCUGUUAUGUACUUAGUGUUAGAGGGUCAAAGUAAUCUUUCUGCUUAGCAUCUCUUAAACCAUACCUGCAACUAUAGCAGGAUUAUUACAUUUACAGUACUUUAAUACUUGUAUAAACUAUGCAGAAAUUUUUAAUAAAGUGUAAUAUAUUUUAUAAGCUAAUAAGACUGAAUGGGUAAAGGUUUUUAGCAUGCGUUAGUAUACUUGCAAAUACUGAAACAUUUUGGUAAUCUUUCUUACUAAAGAUGUGAAUGUUUAAUGUACCUUCUCUGUUUCUACUCUGUAGUCCGAUGGGAAUUCAGUAAUGACAUUUUGUCAUGUCAAACUGUGAACAUAAAUUUGUACUGUACAGUCCUCAUAUACUAUAUACAGUAUGCAAUAUAUGUAUUAUAUACUUGUUAAUAAAACCAUCAGAAUAUUAA